AUGGCCCAACCAUCGUCUUCCCACCAUGAAGAACGUCGCCACAGAAGCGACCGCGAACGCGAACGUUCAUCAUCACAUCAUCAUCGCACAAUCUCAUCCACGACUCUUCUACUUGUUUUGUCUCUUGUUCUUGCUGUCCUAGCUGUUAUGCUCUCUCUUCCUUCCAACUCCAGCUCCUCAGACUCAUCUACUCCCGGAGGCGUUCUUAGCUACCUUACUCCUAAGAGGACACAGGCCCUCAUUGCUCGAGAAGGAGCUGUCGCUAUACGUGAAGCUGAAGUUGCCCGUCGGGAAGCUGAAUUGCUCGCUGGUGCGCCAGGUGGUGUUAUUCCCACUCCCUCGCCUGUUUUGUGCCCAGCAUGCGUCAGUGCUACUACAACCGUCACCGAAACACUUCCUGCUCAAACCAUCAUCAAAGAAAUUGUCAAAGAAGAUUCAUUGGCCCCAGCUGGCUGGAAUGGUCCUCGCGCUGAAGAAAUUCUCGAACGUGAACUCAAAAUUGCCGAGAGAGAACGCGAUAUCAGCAAGCGCGAAGAAAAUGUCAACCGCAGGGAACAUGACGCUUCCCGUCGUGAGGGAUGGAUCAUGGAACAACUCAUUGCCCUUGGAAAUGGCGAUCCUCAGUCCGCUGUCGAAGAAGAAUAUGUUUACGAGCCUUCGAAGCGAAAACCCAAGUAUCAAGAACUUCCACCCAUCGUCGUUUCAGAAAUCUCUUACGAGACGCAAACCAAGACUGUUGUUCAAACCGAAACUGUUACUGUUCCCCCACCCGCCAAUACGCGCCUUGCUGCUUUCCCAACUCCCGAGGCCGCAAGCCCUUCUACGUCAGCCGGAAGCCCGCGAACCACUGCUGUUGAAGUCAUCACCGAGGAAAAGGAUCCGCGCAAACCCCGCACUGUUGUUCGUGGACCUAUACGACCACCUACCCGCUGGUUCGGGAAUUGGUAG